CCUCAAUAAUUUGAAGUCGACGCCGAAUACCAUGGGCAGUGCGCUAAGUCCAACAACUCCACCAAUUUUCAUCAGCUUCUCCUUAUAAAGCUUUUCGAUUCUCCAUUUCUUGUAAGUUAGCCAUGGCUACUGACAAGAGAAGACGGCCGGUGAUCGGAAAACUGAUCACUCCCGGACUYCGAUCGGGUUUUCUGGAGGUGGGUACGAGCCCAACGACUCCUUUGGAGUUCAAAGUUCUGUCACCGAGAGGCUUGAUACACUGUGAUAUGACUGGUAUUGGACUUGGUAUAGUCGCCGCCCUUGAAAAUAUUCCGGCCAAGAAACCCAAUUUCAGCUGCCGGAACCCAAUUGGAUCCGACCCGAUUGCCGUGAAUCAGGCAAAGAGUGUUGGGGAUUUGGAARUAGAUAAUGAAACAGGUAGCUUGGAGGAAGAAGAGUAUACGAUAGUUACUCGUCAUAAAGCAAACAAAUCUUAUACAAAAGUCUACCAUGGCGGAUUUGUUACCAAUCAAGGGAUUGAAAUCAGCCGGCGGGCCUGCAUUUUUAACAUAUCGCCGGCAAGAUUUUCCGAUGAUGUGAAGGUGUCUCAGACUUCUGGUUUUCUAAGUUCAUGUUUCUUGUGUAACAAAAGACUUCAUGGCAGAGAUAUAUUCAUGUACAGGGGAGAGAGAGCUUUUUGUAGCCCAGAAUGUAGGAGCAGGCAGAUGGAGUUGGAUGAGAAAAGAGAGAAAAAUUGUAGCUCAGAAGCAGAAUCUAAGUCUACUUCGAAUGGCUGCCCUAAUCACCAGAUGUUCGCUACUGGGAUUUACGCAAUUUAGCCKGAAAACAAACCUGUGCUCGGUGUUCCGCCAAGAACCGUCAUAUGACYGCUGGCCGGACACCAUAUUAAUACAUGUAACACCCAAUAUUGUAAUGGGUACGAUGAAUUUGUAUGUUUAUAACAUAAGAGGAAGAGUAAAAAGUUUCUAAAACCACCAUGUUCAAGAAAUCAAGAUUCUCUUUGUUUAAUUCUUGAACUGGAUGCUGUAUAUUCAGCUCAUUCAUAURUGAAUAUCGUCUUUAAACACCCAGAACAGGAUGAAUAACAGAAGAAAAAGGUUGCAUUUUGUUCA